AUGAUUAAUUAAAGAGUAUACAUUAGAGCAACAACUAGAAAACAAUAGAAUUAACAAAUUGAUGACUUUUAUGGAGAAUAAUAAUAUGAUGAUAUAGAAUAAUAUGAUUCAUUAUUGUAUAAAAGAACUUAAAAAGAAUAUUUAAAUGAAGAAUUUAAAUCAAAGAAAACUCUACAUCACUUUGAUAUAUCAAAUCAAUAAUGGAAUAUUGUAUUUUAAUAAAAUCCUUAAACUUAAUUGACAGAAGAAAAUAUUAUAUCCAGUGAAUAAGAAAUAGAAUAGAAUAAUUACGAAAAAUAAAAAGUCUUCUAAUUAUUCAAAAUUGAGGAUUUUUCAGUUCUUGAAAUAAACGAGAUAAAUUACAUAGAAUAAUUAUAAGUAUAAAAGGAUUAUCAAAUGGUUGGUAAAAAGCAUAAAUAAAAUAUAAGCAAAAAAAUAUACAAAUUUGUAUGCUGA